UUGUAAACAAAGCAAGUAUGUCAUCGGAUGAAGAGAACGAUGAAUUACAAGACUUGGAGGCGAUACGGGAUAAGAUUCUUAGCACACCACAUAGUGAACGCAUGCAAGUUAGUGCCUGGGAGGAUGAUGAUGACGGUGUGGAAGCAGAACGUAAUGCGAAAGAACCUGAUGCUAAAGCGAUGUUGACUGCUGCUGAAAAGGGAGAUCUAGAAAAAAUUAAGAAAUUAUUAAACAAAAAUCACCAAUUGCUGAAAUGUACUGAUAAAGAUGGCUAUACUCCUCUUCACAGAGCAUGCUACAGCAAUAAUUUAGAAGUAGUAGAGUAUUUACUAGAAGUAGGAGCAAAAGUAGAUGCUAAAACUCAAGAUGAUUGGCAACCUCUACAUUCUGCAUGCUGUUGGAACAAUGUGGAAUGUGCUGAAGCUUUAAUCGCAAACGGAGCUGACAUAAACGCUAAAAGCAAAGGAGAUCAAACACCUUUACAUGUGCUUUCCGCUAGUUCACACAAUUCUCCUGCUCUACAACUUUUCCUGUUACACCCGGAUACAAACCCUUUUAUAAUAAACUCCAGUGGGGAUACUGCAGAUCAAAUUGCAAGAAGAACAACAAAAUACUAUCCUAUGUACGAAAUAAUUGAACCUUGCCUAAAUGAAUUUUAAGGUAAACAGCUGUAUCUAUCUCGAUAAAUGACAUCACAGCAUUUCAAUGCAACAAACAUUUAUUUAACAUACAUAUAUUUAUAUACAUGUCAGAAAUAUGAGCAAGAAUGGAAGGAUGAAUGUUUGUGUAAAUGUACAAUUUUUGUUAUUUUAUAAAAAUUUAUAUUCAUAAAUUACAUUAUUAAACAAUGAGACAUAUAAUCUAUAUGGCUAUAAUAUAUGCUCCGAUAUAAAAGUAUAUAAAAAUAUGAUUCAUAUGUAAUUAGAGCUAUAAUCAUUACAUCCAAAGAAUCAAUAAAAUAAUACUACAUUGUU